ACAAGAGUGUGUGCUGGUAUGAUUCAGGCCUAAUUAAGUGGUUGCAUCUGCUCAGGGUUAUAAGCGAAUAGCUGCUCCAGCUGAUAAUCUUGUCAGAAGGCAAAGGCAAGGGUUCGCCACCAACAGAACGCAGAUUGAAGUGAAGCUUUUUAUUGCUGUUUCUGCCUCCACUAUGGCAAAAAUCAUUCUGAGGCACCUCAUAGAGACUCCAGUACGUUACCAGGAGGAGUUUGAAGCUCGAGGUUUGGAAGACUGCAGGCUGGAUCAUGCUUUAUAUGCACUGCCUGGGCCAACCACCGUGGACUUGGGAAAAGCCAGGGUGGCCCAGGCUCCUCCAGUAGACUCAGCGGCAGAGACGCCACCCCAAGAAGGCAAAUCACGCUUCCAGAUCUUGGUGGACGUGGUCCAGUUCCUCCCCGAAGAUAUCAUCAUUCAGACCUUUGAAGGCUGGCUGCUGAUUAAGGCUCAACAUGGAACCAGAAUGGAUGAGCAUGGUUUUAUCUCAAGAAGCUUCACCCGACAGUAUAAAUUGCCAGAUGGCAUUGAAACCAAAGAUUUGUCCGCGAUCCUCUGUCAUGAUGGAAUUCUGGUGGUGGAAGUAAAGGAUCCAGUUGGGACUAAGUGAAUCUUAUUUGUUCCUGUUUAUGCGACAUGAGGAAUAUUACAGUU